UGUCUCUUUAUUUUUCCUUCAUUUUUCUUUCCUCACACUCCGGGGUAAGAUUGUUCUUUCCUGUAAUUCAGAGGUUAGGAUUGUUCUCUAUCUUUUAGAAGGUGAAUUUUAUCCUUGUAACGUCGAGCUUAGUCGCCCAAUACCACUAGGUCCAUCCAAUUAAUGCGAUGUCUAGGCCAAGGAUCGAAUAAGAGUAAGGUAACCGGAAGGUUGAAAAGUGAGCAUUGCUCCACCAAAAUCUUAACCCUCCUUAUCUGGUCGCAUUAAAAGGAGUUACCGAAAGGUUGCGCGAUAGGCAACACCCAAGGAUAAGAUUUCUUUUCUCUUUACUUAGGAAGUACUGCUACUUCUUGACUAGUCGAUUAAUCCCUCUCGACUUGUCAAACAUACCUUCUGUCUCAAUUCCACUGCAUAUUAUUUUUUCAUCGGUAUUCCAAUGGCUGGCCCUGGUGCUCCACUUCUAGAAGGAGGCAAUACCAGCAAUUCCGGUAUUCAAAAAGUUGAAGUCUCAGUUCAAAACCCAGAUUCUUCAUCAGGUUCAUUCGGAGGAGCAAAAAUGAAUGGACCUGGGAAUUAUAGGACAUGGAAGAAGAUGAUUUUCGCUCACCUUCGUGGAAUCCAUUAGAUGGGUAUGUCACCGGUACCAUUAAGGCACCGGCAAAUGAGGAAAAUGAAGAGUACGUCAAGUGGGAAGAUGCUGAUGGACUUGUACUGUCAAUUCUGUACAAGGCCAUGAUUGAUGAGGUGAUCCAAUUGAUCAUUGGGUGUGAUUCGGCUGCAGAAGUUUGGAAGACGCUCAAUGAUCUCUAUCUGAAUGAAUCUGAUUUUUCCUAGAUCUAUGAAUUGUUGUGCAAGGCGACAAGGAUGAAGUAGGAAUGUAGGAUGGGCAAGCAGUUUCAGUGUUCUACACCAGCUGAAAAACAUUUGGGCUGAGAUUGAUCAACAGCGACCAAACAAAUUCAAGAAUGUUGAGGAUAUUACUUGGUACCAGAAGGAGAAGGAGUUGGAGUGUGUGCACCAGUUUCUGAGUAGAUUAGAUGCUAGACAUGACAGUGCCAAGGGAGAGUUACUACGUCGGCAAGAGCUUCCUUCCCUCACUGAGGCUUUUACUUACAUCCGCAAGGAUGAGUCUCAGCAAGGUAGCACAAAGGCAGCUCAUUCUGAAAUCUCCAGCCUAACAAUCCAAACUAAGCCCCCUCGGGCUCAAGGUCCACCUCCUGGCUUUAGUACAUCACAAUCAGGAUUACAUCCCAUGACUCAAGGUUCUUCUCCAGGCAGGUCUAUAUGUCAACAUUGCAAACUAACUGGACACACCAAGGAGACUUGUUAUAAGUUGGUUGGGUACCCUGCUGGAUACUUCAGCAAACCCAAACUAACUGAACCUAGAGGUAGAAGAAAGGCAGCUGUUCAUCUUGUUUAGAGUUCAGAGUACUUUGGAGUCGCUGGGCAAGAUCAUACCACAAGCAGUGAUGGCCCUCCCUCAGUCUCAAUGGUUGCUAGAGGUACUGGAUCUUCUGACCAGGGAAGUCAUUGGCAGGGGGUAUAUGAGGGGGAUACUGUUUCAUCUGGAUCAAGCUUAUGCCGGGGAGAGACCAAGGAAGAAUGUCCCAGUUGCUUUGACUUUGACUUCUAGAGAGGUUAAUGAAGUCUGGUUAUGGCAUAGACGCUUAGGGCAUCCUUCAUUCAAUGUAAUGCGUAAAGCUAUGCCCUCUUUAUUUGUUGGCAUUGAUGAGUCGUCCUUAUAUUGUGAAACUUGUGUUUUGGCGAAAAGCCAUAGAGUCAACUACCCAUUUAGUCUUUCUAAUAAAAGUUCUAUGCCUUUUGAGAUUAUUCACUCUGAUGUGUGGGGACCUUCCAGAGAACCCACUGUUUCUGGAAUGCGUUAUUUUGUCUUGUUUAUUGAUUAUUGCACUUAAUUAUCAUGGGUAGCAUUGCUUAAAUCUAAGGAUGCUGUGUUUUCUGCUUUUCAAGCCUUUCAAAAAUUGAUUCAAACACAGUUCAAUGGUCAUAUCAAAGUUUUUCGUUCUGAUAAUGGGGGGGGGGGAGAGUUUGUUAAUCUUGAUUUUCAGGAAUAUUUCCAAGAAAAAGGUAUAAUCCAUCAAACCACUUGUCCUCAAACACCUGAACAAAAUGGUGUGUCUGAGAGUAAAAAUCGUCAUCUUCUAGACAUAGCACAAGCAUUGCUAUUUGGUGCUCACAUGCCCAAGUAUCUUUGGAGUGAGGCGGUUCAGACUGCCUCACAUCUUAUUAAUCGUCUUCCUUCCAGUGUUCUUCAGGGGCGCAUUCCCUUUGACGUCUUGUAAACCCAUGUCUCUAUUCCUUCCUUCCAUAAUCUUCUUGCUCGUGUCUUUGGUUGUGUUGCCUUUGUCCAUAUACCAAAAAUCAGAGGUCAAAGUUGGAUGCCCGAGCUCUCAAAUAUGUCUUUGUAGGUUAUGGUUCUCAUCAGAAAGGCUAUAAAUGCUAUCACCCACCUACACGAAAGUUCUAUGUCACCAUGGAAGUGUCAUUUUAUGAAGAUAUGUGUUAUUUCUCCCCCAACAACACCACUAUUCAGGGGGAGAAUGAGUUUUUUGAAGAGAUGUUUGUUGGUGGAAAGUUGAAGAUGAAUAAAGACGCAGAAGAAGAGAGUAUUGACAUCCCGAAGUUGACUAGUCAAAUUUCCCAAAUCUACCAGGAGAUAGGGGAGUCGACAAGUCGAACGAGGAAACCGGCAAAAUGGGCAGAAGAGUAUUAGACCAAUCGAAGGAAAUUCUCGACCAGUCGAUUUCUGAAGAUGACUCUAUUCC